CUGUUUUACUUGAUGCAAAAGUCAUGAAAAAUAUAUUAGAGGUCCCUAAUCUUCUCCUAUUUCCCCAAAACACCCCCGACUGAAAUAAGAGAAGAAAACCCCAUCUUAGCAUCAGCCUUAAACCAUCGCUCCCAGUUCUCUUUCUAGCUCGCCCCACUCCGCGCAAGAACGACUGGUAGCGGCGAGACGAGCAAUCGCCGUAACUCGAUCUUCCCCUCCGCCAUCGCCAUCUUCGUUUUCUCCUCCUCGCUCUUCCAGAGGUUUUAGUUUGUUGAACCAAUGGCGUCCAAAUUGCAUCAGUUGAAAUCCAAGGCUUGCCAAGCUACUCAGUUCGUAACCAAGCAUGGCACCACCUACUACAAGCAGUUAUUGGAGCAGAACAAGCAGUACAUUCAGCAACCUGCUACUGUUGAGAAGUGCAAUGAAUUGUCCAAGCAAUUGCUCUACACUCGACUAGCCAGUAUCCCCCAGCGAAAUGAAGCAUUCUGGAAGGAACUUGACUACGUGAAGAACUUAUGGAAGAAGAGGCAGGACUUGAAGGUCGAGGAUGCUGGCAUUGCUACGCUGUUUGGACUCGAGUGCUUCGCUUGGUAUUGCGCUGGUGAAAUCGUUGGGAGGGGAUUCACCUUCACCGGCUACUACCCUUGAGAGAGAUGAUAACCCCACGUUGUUGAACGGUUUGUUCGGAGAGUUAAGCUUCGGUUGUCAUCUGCGUCAUUGAAACGUACUGCUGGCACUUUACUACUCGCAGAUUUUACUUUCCUUUACUUCUCCUGCAAUUUUUUUGAAACCCCGAGACACCAGUGGUUGCUUGUGCGGCCCCAAUAAUUUGAUAGGUCGAAGCUGAUUUAGGAGUUCUGCUCGUUGGUUUCAUUUCUCUGUCCAUUAAGAUCACUACUGUUUCUCUCAUGGAAUGAUUGAUAAAUUUCUCAACUGUUCAGUUAAGUUCAGUUCGACGCUCGAUGUCCUGGAUCUUGUAUCCAGCGUGCUCACUUCCCCUGUUGAAAUUCUUUGUUAGAACGUGAAAGCAUGGUAUGUCUCUUUAUUGUAGGUCACAUCAGAAUGGUCAUGAUUUAGUCCAAGGUUGUGUUCUCUAUCGAACCAGUUUAAUGGUAUGAACCGAUUUGACAAAUCUGACAGUGUUGACCUUCCUGCCUCUGCUACCACGGGCCAUAUGGCUGGAUGGACCAGGAAAUUUAGGAAUUCUGGCCGUGCAAAAUGGGCCCAUGAUCCGAGAUCCCAAGUCCAGUGACGAAUCACAAUGGAGCAGGCCGGAGGGAUGGAUCGGGCUGCCACGUGGCUUCCUGACUCCAAAUAAUUGUUGGGACGCAAUUGGCUGUGCGCCUGUGACCACGUCAUCGCCCCUGCCACGAGGGACGGCGAGAACGGAACAGAUCGACGGAAUAACCGCCAAGGAAACGCGCAGACUCGCAAAUCAAAACGGAAAAAACAAACAAACGCAAGGAAGGAGAGGAGCGAAGGGGCCGAGGCAGGCGAAGGAAGCUGAACGAGCUGCAGCUAAGGAAGGAGAAGAGAAGCAAGAAUGCCAUUAGUUGGUGCUGCUCCUGCUCCGAUGAGGAACCGCCUCGCCGCCGCAGCAGCAUUCUUCUUCACGUUCCUCUUCCUCUUCGUCCUCGCCUCUUCCUCCCCGGCCGGCAGUCGCGACGGCCCCCAGGUAACCUCUCUCUCAGAUCCCCCGCCCCACUGCCUGGAUCUCGCUUUCGCUUUCUCUUCUUCUUUCACUAAUCGAUUCAGUUCCUCCGCUGGCUGGCCCGCCGCAUUGAUUCCGCCGCCGCGAAUUUGCUCUGGCAGCCGAUAUGCAGCAGAACUUGUGUCACGGAGAAUUGUGAUACCUUUGGGAUACGGUACGGGAAGUACUGCGGCGUAGGUUGGACUGGCUGCCCCGGCGAGAAGCCGUGCGACGAGGUUGACGCGUGCUGCAAGGUUCACGACGAUUGCGUUGGAAAGAAAGGUAUGACAAACGUGAAGUGCCACCAGAAGUUCAAAACGUGUGUGAAGAAAGUGCAGAAAUCAGGGAAAUUAGGGUUCUCCAAGGAGUGUCCAUACGAGAAGGUCGUCCCUACCAUGGUGCAAGGUAUGGAUAUGGCCAUCAUGUUGAGCCAGUUCGGUAACGCAAACGUUGAGCUCUGAUUGGAUUGUAGUUCCCUUCCUCUCUCGUAUUGUUCCAAUUUUAGCGAAUGUCUCUCUGAUUGGAUUCUCCCCUAAAUAUGGGGAACUGUUGGACUGAAUUCCCUCAACCAAUUAUUUGAACCCUUGGCGGUUCCUUGUAACUUUGCUGGUGUAUAUGAAUACAAGAUUAGAACCUGAAGAGAUGUUCCACUUAAUCAUCGGCUCUCAUCUUUUCUGGCAUCUGCAAGUCUGCAACUUGUCUGUUUUGAGUAUUAUGGAUGGAUCAUAGCUUGAGAAGC